CUAUCUUCCCGCCAAUUAUAUAAUGCUGUUCAAACCGUUUUUUCCUCUCUUCAGUCAACAUUUCGCAUUUCCCUCGAAUCUUCUUCUUCACUCUUCCCUUUCAUUCUCUCACCCCCCUCUCUCUUCAACCCUUCGCCACACAAUGUCAUCAGAACCACCACCCUCCGCCUUUGACAAACUCUUGUCCGGCGCACGCGCCUCCAAGAAGAAACUACCACCUCCAUCAUCUUCCAAGAAACGAAAAGCUCCUACUCCUCCCCCUUCUUCAUCCCCACACAAAACCCUAGAAACCGUUAUAAACCCUAAUAACAACCUCAAAACCGUUCAAAAUCCCGAAGAAACCGUUCAUGAAGAUCCAUCGAGCAAGAUCCGCAACACUUCAUCUUCUUCCAACGGGAUAGUCGCUGAAUUGAAGGAAAAAGUUCCGGAGCUGAAGAAGAAACCGGAGAAUUUCGAUCCGAGUUCGGUUGUUUGCUGGGAGAAAAACAAACCUGUGCCGUUUUUGUUUCUCUCUUUAGCGUUUGAUUUGAUUAGCAAAGAGAGGGGAAGAAUUGUGAUCACUGAGAUUGUGUGUAAUCUGUUGAGGACUGUGAUACAUGCCACACCUGAUGAUCUUGUUCCGGUUGUUUAUCUUUCAGCGAAUAAAAUUGCGCCGGCGUAUAAAGGGUUAGAGUUGGGAAUCGGUGAUGCUUCGAUCAUUAGGGCGCUUGCUGAUGCGUGUGGAAGGACUGAGAAACAUAUUAAGUCUCAAUAUAAGAAAAAGGGUGAUUUAGGUUUAGUUGCACAAGCGAGCCGUUCUUCACAGACUACGAUGCGGAAGCAUGAUGCUUUGACUAUUAGGAAGGUUUUCGACACAUUUCAUCUUAUUGCAAAGGAAUCUGGAAAAGACAGUCAAGAGAAGAAAAAGAAUCACAUAAAGUCACUCCUUUUCGCUGCAACUGAUUGUGAACCUCUAUAUAUAAUCCGUUUGCUACAGACAAAAUUGCGAAUUGGAUAUGCUGAGCAAACUCUCUUGGCUGCAUUAGGCCAAGCUGCAGUGCACACAGAAGAGCAUUCUAACCCGCCUCCAGGAAUUAAGUCUCCUUUAGAAGAGGCAGCAAAGAUUGUUAAAAAAGUCUAUUCUGUUCUUCCCGAUUAUGACAAAAUUGUGUCUGCACUCCUUAAGGAUGGUGUAUGGGAACUUCCAAAGAAGUGUGAUUUUACUCCUGGUGUUCCGGUUGGGCCUAUGCUGUCAAAAGCAACCAAGAGUGUAUCUGAAAUUCUAAAUAAGUUCCAGGGUGUAGAGUUUACGUGUGAGUACAAAUACGAUGGAGAGCGUGCUCAGAUACAUUUCUUGGAGAAUGGCUCAGUAGAGAUUUACAGUAGAAAUGCUGAACGGAACACUGGGAAGUAUCCUGAUGUUAUUGCUGCAGUUUCAAGAUUAAAAAAAACAACAGUAUCAUCUUUUAUCCUUGAUUGUGAACUUGUUGCAUAUGAUCAUGGAAAACAGACAAUCCUUCCUUUCCAGGUGCUUAGUACUCGAUCCCGCAAAAAUGUAGCAAAGAGUGACAUAAAGGUUGCUGUUUGUGUAUUUGCUUUUGAUUUGUUGCACCUUAAUGGCCACAAACUUUUUCAGGAAAACCUUAAAAUCCGUAGAGAGCAUCUAUACACCUCUUUUGAGGAGGAGUCUGGAUUCCUUCAGUUUGCGACAUCAACUACAUCAAAUGAUGUCGAGGAGAUACAAGAAUUUUUUGACAAAGCUAUUGAAGCAAGUUGUGAGGGAUUAAUUGUUAAAACAUUACAUGAGGACGCCACAUAUGAACCCUCAAAGCGGUCAAACAACUGGCUGAAACUGAAGAAAGAUUAUACCGAUAAUUUAGGGGACUCCCUAGAUUUGGUACCUAUUGGUGCUUUCCAUGGUCGUGGUAAACGCACAGGAGUGUAUGGUGCUUUUCUCGUUGCUUGCUAUGACAACGAACGCAACGAAUUUCAAAGUAUUGUCAGGCUAGCAACUGGAUUCAAAGAGCAAGAGCUUAAAGAACGUUCUACUAUCCUUCGCUCUAAAGUGAUUCCCAAACCAAAGGCAUAUUAUAGUUGUGGAGAAUCAAUCAAUCCUGAUGUUUGGCUUGAAGCUAGCGAGGUGUGGGAGGUGAAAGCUGCAGACCUGACCAUUAGCCCUGUUUACCGAGCUGCAGAGGGCAAAGUAGAUUCCGUUAAGGGCAUAUCUCUUCGAUUUCCGCGUUUCAUUCGAGUUCGACCUGACAAAACUCCUGAACAGUCCUCUUCGUCUGAGCAGAUUGCAGAAAUGUAUAAUGCUCAAAAACUCAAUCACACCGGCCAACAGGAUGACGAUGAAGAUGAUUAAGGGAAAAAGUUUCCUUGCUUCUUGUGCUGUUAAACUUGGAAAUUUCAGCAUUAUUCUUAGAACAUAACUGCUUAUUCAACAUGAUUGGAAAUUUGGCAUACAACAUACAGUUAGCUCAUGGACUGUCCACACUCCACACAGUAGAUAUUUGCGCUUUAAAACAUGCUAUUUGGAAUCUGGGUCUUUUUUCAGAAGGGACACAAUGUGCCCGGUACUGCUUGUGUAGGUAUUAGAGUGUUUUGAUACACACUAUCUUUUCUUUUCUCGCACGCCGAUAAGGUUUCAACGCAUAUUUACUCAAUUUACAAAUCCUCGACUUAGCGUACCGUGCGGAGUUACCCUGUUUCCUCACUUUUAUCGGGAUUCUGCAUUUAGUUUUGUUCGUUUUAUCAUGUUACUGCUACACUACACUCCAGGCUGCUGGCCAUGACUAGAACAACUUACAUUUAGCGCAUACUCAUGGCAUCUCAAUAUUGUAGUUCAUUUGUUAAAUUGAUUUACCAUGGCAUGAACAAGUGUUAAAACCUCUCGUUGUAGGUUACUAAAAUCAUGACACUUUUGUUUUUCUU